UUGUAAAUGUGAAUACAUCAGUCAUGAUUACUUUGAGCAUCAGACGGCAGAUUCUGCCUUUUUACCACUGCUGGGCUAACAUCUUUCGAGGAAAAGCGACUAAGCCCCUGGACAAACGAACAGCAAUUCAAGCAUUGAAUUCAUUGCGAAUACACGAAAUGCCAGUUGAAUUAAAAUCCACAAGUUAUGUUACUGACUUAAUGCAGGCCUAUAUGCGACGAAUGCAAAUAACCGACCAAGACAGAGACGACAUGAAAAUAAUUCAUGUUGCUGGAACAAAAGGCAAAGGUUCUACGUGUGUUUUCGUAGAAAGUAUCCUCCAAAAACACGGCCUAAAAACUGGACUUUUAACGUCACCACACUUGGUCGAAGUUAGAGAACGUAUUCGGGUAAAUGGAAAACCAAUUUCGAAUGAAAUGUUUUUCAAAUAUUUCUGGGAAGUAUCGGAGUUGUUGCAGGUGUAUGACGGGAACUCCGAGUUAAGAAAACCGAAUUUUGUUCAAAUGUUAACGGCUAUGGCAUUCUACGCGUUUAAGCACGAAACAGUUGAUGUAGCUGUUGUAGAGACUAGUAUAGGUGGCGCUUAUGACAUAACAAAUGUAAUUGACACUCCCGUUUGUUGCGGUGUUACGUCACUGGGUAUAGACCAUACGGAAUACCUCGGAAGUUCAUUGAAAGAAAUUGCUUGGCACAAAAGUGGGAUAUUUAAACCAGGAGCCCCUGUUUUUACAGUUCCACAACCAGAAGAAGCAAUGUCUGUGUUGCAACAAAGAGCCGUCGACAGUGGAUCUGAGUUAAUGGUUGUUCCAGAGUUUGAUCUUUAUCCCGGGGCUAAGAAAUUAAAUCUCGGUUUAGCGGGUUCUCAUCAGAAAUACAACGCCUCGCUUGCUUUACAGUUAACGCAAUGUUGGUUGCAAAGAACCUCACAGCAAUAUGUCGCUUCUGCAUUAGAUAGCCAUACAUCACAGGAUAUAUUUCCUAUAAACCAAACCGUUCAAGAAGCACUGCGAGCAAGUCGAUGGGAAGGUCGUUGUCACGUCAUUAAAUUUUCUUCUGUGACGUUUUAUAUCGACGGGGCGCAUACUGAAGAAAGUCUCCAUUGCGCCACCAAGUGGUUCAAGGAAGAAACAACGAAAGAGAAGUCGGCACUCGACUCCCCUUGCGAGAAAAUUCUGAUGUUCAACGCUUCAACUAAGAGGAACUUCCAAAAGUUCUUGCAGAUCUUGUUUCCUUGCGACUUUUCGCAGAGUAUUUUCGUCCCAAAUGUGGCAACCUUUAGCCCAAUGGAGAACCUUGACCAAGCCAACGUUUCAAUACCGAUUGAAAACCAAAUAUUUCAAGUUUUUCGAAACCGCGACGCGUGGAGAGAAAUAUGCAAUUCUAAAAAUAGACCAAUACCGAACGAUAAGUCUACAGCGUUUCUUACAGUCGCGGAUGCUCUUUCCGCAGUCGUAGGUAAUCGUGACGUCGGUGACCGUAAUAAUUUACACAGCUUAAGAUCUACACAGGAAUACACACCUAUGGAUUUCAACGGCAAACACCUUCAAGUUUUAGUAACCGGAAGUUUACAUCUAGUCGGUUCUUUACUUUUGAUUUUAAAGAACAUCAAUACAAAAUAAAUAAGUACAGUAUGGUGGGGAAAGA